GAAGCAAAGUCAGGGGUAAAGGGCUGGUGUUCGGCUCGGGGUUAUGACAGAUAGAUAGACCGAUCAAUCGAUAGAAGAGUAUUGCUCAAGGCUCGACUACGCAGUCGGAUACUUCUAGCAUUUGCCUUUGUUUUUAGUUUGUUCGCCUAAAAAUGAACAGCGUAGGUGAAGGCUGCACUGAGCUGAAGAGCGAAUAUGACCAGUGUUUUAACCGAUGGUUCGCCGAGAAAUUCCUGAAAGGAGAUCGUGGUGAAGACCCGUGCAUUGAACUGUUCAAGAAAUAUCAGUCCUGUGUUCAGAAAGCCAUCAAAGAAAAGGACAUCCCCAUUGAUGGUGUGGAGUUCAUGGGUCCAAACAAAGAGAAACCUGGCAGUUGAUGUGACUUUGAACCAUUGUUCUUCUACAACUACUUAGGAGAAAUCAUUCUGGAUUGCACUGGUGAUGUCUACAUCAGACGUGACAAAGACUUGAGAACUGUUUUGGGCGCUGAGCAAAAUGGUUUAAUACUUUGUCAGGUGGAAAGCUAAAAAGGACACGGCCGGUCGAGUUUUGUGUUUAUUUUUUGCUUGUGUGCUGGGAAUCCAUACCUGGUAGAUUUAACAAAGCCAUUAGAAUGUUGGAUAAGUGGAAUACCAAGAAACCGCACUUAACAUGCCUCUGAAAUAUGACUAAUACAUUUUAAAUAAAAAUUUGUGUUACAUUC